AUGAGCGAUAAGAAGAAGAUAAUGGAAUUUUUGAAGGAAGCGAUAAAUAUAGAAAAGGAAGAAGAAUCAGAAUCGAUAGACAAUAAAAGGGUUACGAAAAAUGCUACUAUGGCCAAAGAGCUAGAGGUCAAGAGAGAUUUUCAGGAGCAACCUUCGCAGAGGGGAAAUAGAAAGGUUUCACCUACAGUAGUUGUUAAUGGAGAAGAGGAUGUUGAUGAUGCGUAUGAUCCUCAUGAGCAUACGGCCAAGAGCAAAGAAAUACUGUCGGAACCGUCGAUAAAGUUAAAUGAAGUAAUACCGCCUGAGAAUUUUAGUCAUGUUGUUGGCGAAAUCUACAGAUCAAGCUUCCCUCGGCUAGAGAAUUUUCAGUUUCUGAAGGAAAGGAUCAAACUGAAAAGCAUCUUAGUCUUGAUCCCUGAAGAAUACCCGCAAGAAAAUCUAGACUUUAUGUGCGGUGCUGAAAUCCAGCUAUUUCAAGUUGGGAUGAGUGGCAACAAGGAACCAUUUGUAAAUAUCCCCAGUAAUUUGUUAACCAAAGCUCUACAAAUUGCUAUAAAUCCUGCCAACCACCCCAUCCUCAUCCAUUGUAAUCGCGGCAAACAUCGAACGGGCUGUCUAGUUGGAUGUAUCAGGAAGUUACAAAACUGGUCAUUAACAAUGAUAUUCGACGAGUACCGAAGGUUUGCUUUCCCCAAAGCCCGAGCCUUGGACCAGCAGUUUAUUGAAAUGUACGAUGACAAGGAGCUCAUCCAGACUGCGAGUCAGAACAGCUGGCUACCCAUAAAGUGGUAG